AUGACGUGCUCGAACCCGGGCAGAGCGGGUGACGAGUUGGGAACCCAGGAAAACACCAACGUUUCGAGGUCCAAGAGACGCGAAGAGAUAAAAAGCGUACGGCAAUCGCUGAAGAUUCUCUUUGGUGAAAUAUCGGAGUGGUGGAAAUAUCCCGCGGGGUGGGUUUCGGAACGUUGGAUACCGGCUCGUAUGGAACUCGACACGAUCUAUGUUGGCGCUGCACCUCACCGUGCAUCCCAACAUGGAUCGUCGUUCCGUGCUGUUGUUCUCGGGCAUCGAACCCCGAGAGCGUCCCUCGGGCGCGUCCCGUGCAGCACAGAUAUCAUGCCGCACAGGUCCAGGGUCGGACCUGCGGCGCGAGCGCACGGGACGCGCCGGAAAACACAGCUGUGCGCGACGCCGACGCCGAGCUUCGUGCCGCGCCACUCCGCGCAGACGGCGUUAACGCUUCAACAAGGUACAGCCCAGGGCGACGUGGUUCACACACGGCUACCAGGGAAAAAUACUAGUGGUGUGUGGAGCAAGUCGCCCUGGGCCGCGAGAUAA